AUGGGGGAGAAAACUGACUCUGGAGUAGAGGAGAGACCUAAGUGGGAUAACAAGAUUCAGUACCUGCUGACAUGUAUUGGCUUCGCAGUGGGACUUGGAAAUGUGUGGAGGUUUCCCUAUUUAUGCCAAAUCCAUGGAGGAGGCGCUUUCCUCAUCCCCUACCUGAUAGCGCUGGUGUUUGAGGGUCUCCCGCUGCUUUAUCUCGAGCUGGCGAUAGGUCAGCGGCUUCGCAAGGGCAGCAUCGGCGUCUGGACCGCCAUCUCUCCAUUGCUGGGAGGAGUUGGCAUUGGCUCCAUGAUCGUGUCUUUCCUGGUGGGCGUCUUCUACAACACCAUCCUGGCCUGGGUGCUCUGGUACUUCUUCCACUCUUUCCAAGACCCGCUGCCGUGGAGCCAGUGUCCACUCAACGCCAACCGAACAAGUUUGAACGAGGAGUGUCAAAAGAGCACAUCAGUGAACUACUUCUGGUACCGCGAGACCUUGAACAUCACGUCCGACAUUGAAAUCAGCGACUCGUUGCAGUGGUGGAUGGUCGUCUGUCUGGCCAGCGCCUGGUGUAUCGUCUAUAUCUGCUUCAUCAGAGGCAUCGAAUCAGUAGGAAAGGCUGUGUAUGUGACGGCCACCUUUCCAUACCUGGUGCUGACGAUAUUCCUGAUCCGUGCGCUCACUCUGCCUGGAGCGACUGAUGGACUGGCGUUCCUCUUCACUCCAGAAUGGGAGAUAUUGAAGGACCCACAGGUGUGGCUGGACGCUGCCACACAGAUUUUCUUCUCUCUUUCUGUGGCAUUUGGAGGACUUAUAGCCUUUUCAAGCUACAAUGAUGAGAAGAACAACUGUGAGAGAGAUGCCGUUCUUGUGGGAGUAAUAAAUAGCGCCACAUCUCUGUAUGCCUCCAUUCCUAUUUUUGCCAUCCUGGGAUUUAAGGCCACCAGCGGCUACAACCUCUGUCUGGAACAGAACAUCCAGCUUCUAACAAACCACUUUGACAUCGCAGAUCAGAACAUGACAAUAGAAAACUACCAGCAGUGGUAUGAUCAUCUCAAUCAAACACAGCCAGCAGAAGUUGCUGGUUUGGGACUGCAGGAGUGCGACUUCCAAACAUUUCUUAAGCAGAGUGCAUCAGGCACUGGCCUGGCUUUCAUUGUGUUCACCCAGGCGGUGGUAGAAAUGCCAGGCUCACAGGUUUGGGCCGUGCUGUUCUUCAUCAUGCUCUUCAGCCUGGGGCUCUCCUCCAUGUUUGGAAACUUACAGGGUAUACUCACGCCUCUUAGUGACCUGAAUAUGAUUCCCAAAUGGAUCCCAAACGAGGCUGUAACAGGGCUCAUCUGCUUGGUAUCAUUUGCGGUUUCACUCAUCUUCACCAUGGGUUCAGGGAACUACUGGGUGGAGGUCUUUAAUGGCUAUGUGGGCUCAGUGCCUCUGCUCAUCAUUGCAUUUUUUGAAAUCACCGGCGUCAUAUAUGGCCGUGGGAUGAAAACUUUCAGUGACGACAUCUAUCACAUGACUGGACGGCGACCAAACAUUUACUGGAAGGCGUGCUGGAUGGUGAUCAGUCCUUUACUUCUCCUGGUGGUGCUAAUAGCCUAUGUGGUCUUGCAAGCACAGAUACGACCUUCCUAUCCUGCAUGGAACCCAGAUUUUGAAUCCUUCCCUAAAACUGAAAAGAAGUUCUAUCCAGACUGGGUGUUUGCCAUCAUCGUCCUCCUCUGCGUCGUGCCUGUGAUCUCCAUCCCUCUGGUGGCCGUCUACCAACUGAUUUGUCGACGCAGAAAAUCAUCCUCUAGGGCAGCCUUGAACCCCUACAGCAACGAAGCCUUUGAGAGCGAAACGCAGCUCGAGGACAUUCAGAAGGACUGA